AUGGCUGUAUCAGCUCAUUCAACCGAACAGCGGAAUCUUCAAGAUUCGGAUCAAGAAUCACCGUCAGGAAUCGUUGACACUUGGGCCGAGUACAGUAUGCCCGAUGCGGAAGAAACCCAAACGGCAAACAUGGGGUUAGACUCUGGAGUUAGUGAAGCGCCUCCAGAUUUUCACAACGACAAGGAAGGCGGUGAGCCUUCGAGCGACGAAACGCUCAACUCUUACCAUUGUUCGGAAAGAGGUGGACUUUACAAAAAGAACGGGCGCGAGUCCGCCAAGCGGCUGGGCGUAAUUUGGAGGAAUCUCACAGUAGAAGGAUCUGGCUCCGGACGUAGCUUUGUCAAAACCUUUCCCGAUGCAGUGCUGGGUACAUUUGGUCCUGAUCUGGCUCGGACGAUGUCUCCCUUGCUACCUGGCCUUCUGAGAACCAAAACCCCCCGGAUCAUUCUUUCGGACUUCAACGGCACCGUCAGAUCUGGAGAAAUGUUACUAGUUCUUGGUAUCCCUGAUGCUGGCUGUACUACAUUUCUGAAAACGAUUGCGAAUAAUCGUCAAUCAUAUUCAGAUGUGAAGGGCGAGGUUUUCUAUGGAAAAAUCCCCGCAAGCGAACAAUCACAACGAUAUCGAGGCGAAGUUGUCUACUGCCCAGAGGACGACGUACAUUUUCCUGCCUUGACAGUAUGGCGCACUGUACUUUUUGCACUGUGGAACAAGACCAAGAAAAGCGACCGAACUACACUGAGCGACGUGGCCACAACCCUGUUACAUAUGUUCGGGUUGAGUCAUACUAAGGACACAUAUGUUGGUGGUGCAACAUUGCGAGGUGUUAGCGGCGGGGAGAGGAAACGGGUUUCCAUUGCCGAAACUUUGGCGAGCAAAGCCAACGUGAUAUGUUGGGACAAUAGCACAAGGGGUCUCGACAGCUCUACCGCCCUCGAUUUUGCCCAGUCACUUCGAAAAUUGACUGAUGUAAACGGUUGCAGCACCUUAGCUACUCUCUAUCAGACUGGCGAAGGUAUUUAUUCACUCUUUGAUAAAGUUCUUCUCAUCCACUCUGGUAGAUGCGUGUACCAUGGCCCAUCUCGUGGAGCCAAGAGAUACUUUGAAGAUCUAGGCUUUCACUGCCCCGAUCGCAUGACGACCGCGGACUUCCUUACAUCUGUUACAGAUCCUAUUGCCCGUCGUAUUCGGGAGGGGUUCGAACACAAGGUUCCGCGUACUGCUGAAGAACUCGAAAGAGCUUACCGUUCUUCCUCGACAUAUCGAGAGGCUCUGAGGGACAUGCAAGAGCACGCAGAAGAUCCUUCGCAACAAGAUGUUGCUACUGAUUUCUACAAAGACGUUUUGAACUCCAAAAGUAAAUUCGUGCGCGCGCAAUCGCCAUACACAGUCAGUUUCUAUCGCCAAGUCGUCAACUGUACCAAGCGCGAAUUCUGGCUACUCUUCAACGAUUGGGAAGCCAUCUACACAAAGGCGUGGGUCAUAUUGCUCAACGCAUUCCUUGUAGGAUCGUUGUUCUUCGGCCUGGCAAACGACACAGCCGGUGCUUUUGGUCGUGGAGGCGGUAUCUUCUUCUCGGUACUGUUUCUUGGCUGGGUUCAGCUUCCAGAGCUGAUGAAGGCUGUCAGCGGUAGGACCAUUACGCAAAGACACAAAGACUAUGCUUUUUAUCGGCCCUCGGCGCUAUCGCUAGCACGCGCCAUUUCAGAUGCUCCUGUGUUGCUGGCCGAGACAUCCUUGUUCUCCGUGGCAAUGUACUUCCUGGCAAGUUUCGAUGUCGAUCCCAGUAAAUUCUGGAUCUACUUCUUGUUUGUUUUCGUCAACACAUAUUGCACCACAGCGCUUUAUCGACUGUUCGCAUCUGUAUCUCCGACUAUCGACGAUGCCGUCCGAUACAGUGGUGUUGGGUUCAACAUCAUGAUUAUAUUCACUGGCUACAUCAUACCAAAGAGGCAGCUUUUCGCCAAUUCUCCAUGGUUUGGCUGGCUGCAUUGGAUUAGUCCAAUUGCAUACGCUUUCGAAGGCGUCUUCUCGAACGAAUUUUCAGGAAAAACGAUGCCUUGUUCUGAUGCUGACCGUAUACCGAGAGGCCCUGGUAUCGAAUCAGCUUACCAGGGAUGCCUUACUCAAGGUGCUGAACCGAAUAGCUUGGUUGUGACUGGAGACAGCUACUUGGACGUCGCCUACGAAUAUAAAAGAGCAGAUCUGUGGCGCAACUUUGGGCUUAUCAUCGUCUUUCUUGUGGCAUACACUGCACUUUCCGCAAUAUUUGCCGAGCUAUUCCCAUUUCCCGAGUCAAGCGCAGGAAGCCUGCAGUUUGUCAAAACGCCACGAUCCAAAAGGCACUCACAGCCAUUGCCAGCUGACGAAGAAUCCGGAGCACAGCAUCAUGAAACAUGUUACACAGGCUCGGAUGUCAUCGCAAAAAAGCUCUCCAAACCAUCGCAAGUAUUCACAUGGAAAGCCAUUGAUUAUACAGUCCCGUUUGGCGAACACAAAAAGAAGCUUCUCAAUGGUGUUUCCGGUUUCGCGAAACCGGGUAUUAUGAUUGCGCUUAUGGGAGCGUCUGGUGCGGGGAAGACCACUCUCCUCAACAUACUCUCACAACGCCACAAAGUUGGAGUAGUAUUAGGAGAUUUGCUUGUCAAUGGAACCCCACUCGACUCUUCGUUCAAGAGGAACACUGGAUUUUGUGAGCAGAUGGAUAUACACGACGGAACAGCGACAGUUCGCGAGGCUCUGGAAUUCUCAGCGAGGCUUCGGCAGCCAUACGAAAUACCAAAAGAAGAGAAACUUGCAUACGUCGAUGAAGUCUUGAACCUACUCGAGCUUGAGGCAGCCGAAGACGCUAUCAUAUCUAGCUUGAGCGUUGAUUUGCGGAAGAGAACGACAAUUGGGGUUGAGCUAGUUGCGAAGCCAAGCCUACUUUUCCUAGACGAACCAACUUCCGGAGUCGACAGCCAAUCUGCAUUCUCGAUUGUUCACUUCCUGAAGAAAUUAACACUCGCUGGGCAGGCGGUCAUUUGUACCAUCCAUCAGCCAUCGUCAGUGCUAUUUGAGCAGUUUGACAUGGUUCUUGCCUUGAAUCCAGGCGGCAACACGUUCUACUUUGGUGAGAUUGGACCUCAAGGAAAAACUAUUGUCGACUAUUUCGCCAAGCGUGGAGCUCAGUGCCCACCAUCCACAAAUAUCGCGGAAUUCAUUCUGGAAACAGCAGUAAAAGGCAACACUUGCUCAGAUGGAACUACGGUGAACUGGAAUGAUGAAUGGCUCAAGUCUAGCGAGCGUGCGUCUAUUUUGGAAGAGAUUGAUCGUUUGUCUAUGUUGAGUGCUGUCAGCGGACCAAAAGUAGACAAGGUUGAGUUCGCUGCACCGAUCAAGCAACAGAUUUUGCUUCUCACAAAGCGGGUAAUGCGACAGUACUGGCGAGAUCCUUCCUACGUCUAUGGGAAGAUGUUUAUUUCCACAAUCAUCGGAAUUUUCAACGGCUUCACGUUCUGGCAGCUCGGUAAUAGCCUGACAGACAUGCAGAACCGGGUCUUUUCCUGCUUCAUCUUGACGAUUAUUCCGUCAUGCAUUGUAAAUGCUAUCUUACCCAAAUUCUAUGCCAACAUGGAUUUGUGGUUAGCCCGUGAGUAUCCAUCCCGAAUAUAUGGGUGGCUAGCGUUUACUACAGCACAAAUUGUGGCAGAGCUGCCAUACGCUCUACUCCAAUCGGCCAUUUACUUUCUGCUUUGGUACUAUCCAGCAGGACUUCCUUCUGAUAGCAGCACUGCUGGGUAUGUAUUUCUCAUGAUACUCAUAUUCCAUAUCUACCAAGCGAGCUGGGGACAAUGGAUCUGUGCAUGGGCUCCAAGCUACACAGUCAUAAGCAACAUUCUUCCUACAUUCUUCGUAGUCUUUGCACUUUUUAGUGGCAUAGUUCUUCCGUGGGAGCAGAUGACGGCGCCUUGGAAGUAUUUCCUGUACUGGGCCACACCGUCAACAUACUGGGUCGGCGGCAUCAUGGCUGCAGUCCUUCAUCAGCAGCCUGUGCAGUGCACUCUCUCUGAAUCUGCACGAUUCUAUAUUCCACCAGGGAGCUCUUGCGAAAGCUACGCCGGCAACUUUGCUGCUCAGACAGGUGGCUACCUCCUUCCAAACACGACCGUGGGUUUGAGAGAAAUGGAAUGCGCGUAUUGUCCUUACAGUACCGGCGACGAUUACCUCACUACCAUCAACAUUCGUGCUGGCGACAAAUGGCCUUACUUUGGCAUCUUUUUGGCUUUCAGUAUAUCCAAUUGGUUCCUGGUUUAUUUCUUUAUCUGGUCUGUCAGGAUAAAGGGAUCGUCAUUUGGAAUUGGUAAAGUAACGGACUUUGUGAGGAAGACUUGGUCUGGCAACAACAGAAACUAA